AUGCUGAACUUAGCCAAUGGUAUGUACUUGGUGGUCUUCAUCAUUGAGUUAAUUCUGGGUUUUUGCUGCAAUAGUUUCACAGGACUGCUAAAUUGCAUCAACUGGGUCAAGAGCAAGAGGAUGAGUUUGUCUGAUUUCAUUAUUACCAGUCUAGCCCUGUCCAGAAUAUGCAUACUUUGGGUACUUAUAUUUGAUAUUUUAGUACUGAUCUAUCCCAAUUUUUAUGAGGAAAUGGUAGUAAAUCAAAUUAUUGAUAUUGUCUGGUUAUUUACUAACCAUUUAAGCAUUUGUUUGACCACCUGCCUCAGUGUCUAUUAUUGCUUGAAGAUUGCCAAUUUCUCCCACUGUGCCUUCCUCUGGCUCAAGUGGAGGAUUUCCUGUGUAGUUAUCCGGAUUCUGCUAGGCUCUGUGCUUUUCUCUUUUUUCUCCUUAGCAUCACCAAUCAAAGAAUUCAUUGCUUAUUUUAGCAUCAGACAAAUGAAACUCAUAACAAACAGCACUGAAAACAUUACAAAGAAAAGUAGUUAUUCACUCAGAUUAAUUUUUAGUGCCUCCUGGAUGGUCAUUCCCCUUGUUGUAAUUUUAUGCUCAUCUCUCCUGCUCAUUCUUUCCCUGAGGAGACACACGGAGCAGAUGAAGAACAGUAUCUUUGACUCCAGAGACCCACACACUGAGGCGCAUUUAAGAGCCACCAGAAUCAUUCUCUCUUUCCUUUUUCUCUUCAUAGUAUAUUUUGUUGCCUUUUUUAUACUUAUGUUAAGCGACCUCCUACCAGAUCUCAAUUUGGCAUGGGUGAUCGGGGAUAUUAUUACAGCUUUCUGUCCUUCUGUACACUCACUCAUCCUCAUUUUGGGCAAUAACAAGCUGAAACUGGCGUUCCUGAGAACGCUCCAGAUAGUGCCUGAAAGAUGGAACUAG